CAACAUUUCAUUCAUUUUCAUCCCUACGAUAAAUCCUCAGAGCAAAUAGUUUUGGCUAGCAGCGAAUUUAUUUGUAACUCGUUCAAAUUGCAAGGCAGGAAGCUCGCGAUCUUGAGAAGUGAUGAACCUUCUGACGUCCUCCUAGCAUGUAUAGCAGUUUCGUAUGCGAAUUGUUUGUGCCGUGACCACGGUUGCCUCGCCGACAAGAAUGAAACUAAUUCAGCGCUGGUUGUCGCCGUGCAUCUUUAUCUUGGUGAUGCUUAUAGCGUAUGCAGAGGGUUCAAAUCAUGAUUACUUUGAGGAGCUUUGGGGCUUGGAGAAGAGCGCAAACCAACGGAACGCCCGACGAAUGCUCACGCGUGACCUUAACAUGGAUGAGAUAUUCAGAUACUGGCAGAAAAUGUACGGCCACUGGCCUACGGCGACGUACGAACGGCACGUGCAAGAGUACCAGCGGCGGGUUGCGUCCGCGGGCCGGUCCUGGGGUCUCCCCAAAACCGACGAGGACUUUUUGGACAUCUACUACUACCUGCGGAGCAAGACAAAGGUUCCUCACGCGCCCGGAUGGACACCGGAACUUGACAAGUGCGGGCCUACCUGCCACAUGUACGGCACUUGCAACCAAGAGCUGGCAAUCCCAUCAUGCGUAUCCCGUUGCGGGUGCCCUCGUGGUCGCGAGGGUCCCAACUGCUCCAGCCCGGUGGCGACCUCCUGCCACCAGUACUGCCACCACGAGGGACAGUGCCACCGCAUCAUCAGGGAGUGGUGCAUAAACGAGUGCAACGACCGGGGGACGUGUGUAGGGGGAGUGUGCCACUGCUACCCGGGCUACUUUGGAGCGGACUGCUCGCUGUCCAUCGACUACGAGGGCACGGAGCCGGGGAGCAGGGGGAAGGGAUCUACGGUAGUGCUGGCGGGGCUGAAUUACACAGCAAAUCCCCGUGGACCCCGUAUCUACAUUUACGAGUUCCCUCCAUACAUGCACAUGUGGGGGAUGUUGUGGCUGGACCGUCCCCUGAACAUCAUUGUGUGGGAGCGGAUCAUUUCCAUGGGUCUGAGGGAGGUGGACCCCGCCCGGGCUGACUACUUCUUCAUCCCCGGGUGUGGCAGAGGAUGUGACAAGUGGGACGACAAGUUUCACUUCAUAUUGGCUCACUACGGGCAGUACUGGACCCAAAACCAGGGCCGAGAUCACAUCAUGACACACCCGGGUGACUGGGGUCGUUGUGAACACUCCUGGGACGCUUUCGCCGACAAGUUCAUUUCCAAUGUCACAAUGUUACAGCACUGGGGGAUGACUGUGGAUAGGUCUAGUGAGGUGGAGCACAACUUGUUCAAUACUUGCCACAAACCCAACCAGGACAUCCUGGUUCCCCCCAUGUGUGGCGACCUCUACCCGCAAUUUGAGUACAACAUCUGGCACCCAAACCGCAAGGAAAACCCCAUUACCAAGACCAACCUGGCGUCUGUGGCGGGCAGCAUAUGCGGCUGGAACAGUGUCGAGGAGCCCCCUUGUCGCAACCGGUACUACAGUCUGGGGGUGCGGGCGGCUCUAUGGCAGCUGAGGGACGUGCCCGGCUUCCACAUAGCCAAGAGGGUGGCCAUGAUGGGGCAGUCCAUGGCGGAAAGCGAGUUCUGCUUCGCACCGACGGGUGCUGGGUAUGGCAAACGUAAUGUGAUGGCCACCACCCUGGGCUGUAUGCCUGUCAUCAUAUCGGACCACGUGGCUCAGCCGUACGAGCCGUUCCUAAACUGGAACGAGUUCGGUGUGUGGAUCCCGGAGUCGCAAGCCAAGGACGUGGAGAUAAUCCUGAGGGGCUUUACGCCCCAACAGAAGGCAGAAAAAAUGGAAAAGCUGUACUGCGCCGCCCGGCACCUUGCGUUUACGACUGUGUACGGCGGGUUAUUCGAGGGUGACACGGGCGAAUUUGACGCUAUGGCUACACUGGUUCACAUUUUGCGAGCCAGGAAGCGGCACUGGGGGGUACCAGACCACAAGCUGAUUGAGGUGGACCCUGAAUUUGCCGACUUUAUGGCUUGCAAGCACCGAGAUAUAAGCACUGAGGAGAGCGGAUUUUCAGGUUCUGGUGGUGGCGGUGCCCCGCCUCCCGCCCCGCCGUUGCCGCUGGCGGGAGUGACCACCUCCCGGAGUCACACCAUAGACGACGAGGCCUUCCCCCAGAGGACUGUGACCACCGUGGAUUGGAUUCGGGCGGCUAAUGGAGAGGCAGCAGGGAGAGGGCAGGGCAGUGACGGCCCGGUGGAGCCCCGGCUCAGUGGGCUGUGUUACUUCAACCCCCAAUGGGUACAUUACGCGGACCACGACGCAGCCGAUGCCACCGAUCAAGUUAUCAAGGAGCACAUGAAGGCAGGGCAGUGUAUGCCCAAGAACGCUAACCGGGUCGCGGGCUUCCCCCCGGGGGCCUCCGUUACUUGCCCCCCCACGGGUCCCAUCACCAAGUGCGCUCAACUCGUGUAG